GAGUAAUGCAGAAUAAUGUUUUUUUUCUAGACAGACUUAUAUUAGAGACACUAAACUCAAGAUAUCUGUUGCCCUGAUUCUUACACUUCACCACAGACAGCAGGUGAGUGAGUGAGUGAGUGACAGAUGAUCUUGGAUGGUGUGUGGAAGAAUAAGUGGGAGGAGCAAGAACGAGGUGUCACGCACACACGAAACGCUGGAAUAUCAUCAUUGCUAAAACUUGAUUGUAAACUUGAUUGUCACCUGGUGAACAAAAGAAGAAGACAGCAUGGAGGAGAUCUGCACAUUUGAAUGAUUCUAGAUUUAACAGCCAUGUUAGCAGCUAAGGCACAGGGACCUGUCGGUACCUAUGCAACUAUCUGGCAAAAAUGAGGACAACUACAUUACUAUACCCUUCUGAGUUUAGCAUGUUUGUAUGAAGCCAUUCGCAAAUAGGCAGUAAACUCAAACCUCAUCUGAGGACGGUGGUUAUGUGUAGGGAGAAGAAAUGGAUUAAUUAAACAUAAAGGUCAAUAAAUGAGUGUUUAGGGGUCCCCCUGAAUCAAGGUGUGAAUGGCUGUUGAUGCAUGGAAAUCACAAGCUUAAAUAUGACUAAAUACAGAAAAACUCAAUUUCUCCCCCGAAAAAAAGUAUUUACUACUUUCCAAGCUAUUAAGUCUCUGUGUCAUUGUACAAAAACAGUCACCAGCCAUGAAUUACCACUAGGAGGCAGCUCAAGCCAGUGGAUUGUGGCGUUUCCACUGUAUUGUCUUCAUUAACCUACAGUGUGUGUCUGUGUAUGUGUGUGUCUUUGAGAGAGAGAGAGAGAGAGAGAGAGAGAGAGAUAGAGAGAGAGAGAGAGAGAGAGAGACUUGUGAGUACAAGGAGACUUGUGAAAAGAGACUUAGAGUUGUUAGACCUCCAGUAUCCUGGUUGCAUAUCUGUAUCAUUAACAGAAGCAACAGGACCUGGAGGAGGUAGUUGAGCUUUGUGCAUGCUGAGCAGGACCCAGUGAUGAGACAGCCUCAACAACAACAACAACAACAACAACAACAACAACAACAACAGUGAGACCCUCAACACUCAUGCUUCCUCUCUCUCCUCCACGUCUACCUGUGAGUUACUGCUCUCCUCUGGAUUACUGCUUUUUUUUUUCAUGCUGAAGGCGCCUGUGGAGGAUUGAACCUGCAAGAAGGACCAACUUCUCCUACCAAGUUUUUAUUUUAUUAUAAAUUAAGCUGGUUAAGUUCAUCACCUCAUCGGUAUGAGAUUUUCUUCUGCCAGAAUAAUGCCUUGGAACUGGAGCAGAAACUUCUGGUUUCCAGUGGUGCUGUGUGCUGCAUUAGUUGUGCUCACUGCUGGAAAUGCUGGACCGGACCAGGCAAGAAGGCAGGCUGGGUCGUCCUCGUGCUAUGGAGGCUUCGACCUCUACUUUGUUUUGGACAAAUCUGGGAGUGUGCAGAACCACUGGACAGAAAUCUACCACUUUGUUGAACAUCUAGCUCAUAAAUUCAUAAGUCCACAGUUGCGGAUGUCCUUCAUCGUGUUUUCCACUGACGGACAGAUUUUAAUGAGCCUGACAGAAGACAGGGAACGCAUUCGCAAAGGUCUGGAGGAGCUGCAGCUGGUCCUUCCAGGGGGAGACACCUUCAUGCAUGAGGGCAUCUUGAGGGCCAGUGAGCAGAUAUACUAUGGAAACACUGAAGGUUAUCGCACUGCCAGCGUUGUCAUCGCUCUGACAGACGGAGAGCUGCACGAGGAUCUUUUCUAUUACGCUGAGAGAGAGGCCAACCGUUCCCGAAGUCUGGGGGCCUCAGUUUACUGCGUGGGGGUGAAGGACUUCAAUGAGACACAGCUGGCAAAGAUUGCUGAUAGUAAGGACCAUGUCUUUCCUGUAAAUGACGGUUUCGAGGCUUUGCAAGGGGUCAUUGACUCGAUCCUGAAGAAGUCAUGUAUUGAGAUUCUGGCAGCAGAGCCCUCCAGCAUCUGUGCAGGAGAGACCUUCGAGGUGGUGGUGAGAGGAAAUGGAUUCCUCCACGCCCGAAAUGUUGAUAAAGUCCUGUGCAGCUUCCGAAUCAACGACACCCUCACCAAAAUGGUGAAGCCUUUGAUUGUGGAAGACACAUAUCUUCUCUGCCCUGCACCAGUGCUUCAAGAUGAGGGGAUGGCAGCAAAUCUCUACGUCAGUAUGAACGAGGGUCUCAGUUUCAUCUCCAGCUCAGUCACAAUAACCACAGUGGGAUGUUCUGAUGGGACCAUUCUGGCCAUCGCCCUGCUCAUCCUGAUGCUUCUCCUGAUCUUGGGUCUUCUCUGGUGGUUCUGGCCUCUUUGCUGCACUGUGAUCAUCCACGAACCCCCACCUCCACUUGAAGAGGAGAGUUCGGAUGAUGAGGACUUUGAUACCCCCAAGAAGAAGUGGCCUACUGUGGAUGCUUCCUACUACGGAGGGAGAGGAGUAGGUGGGAUCAAAAGGAUGGAGGUACGCUGGGGUGAGAAAGGCUCCACAGAAGAAGGAGCAAAGCUGGAAAAGGCCAAAAAUGCCAAAGUGAAGAUGCCCGAGCAGGAGGACGAGCUGCCCUCCACACGGAUUCUCAACAAUGGCAUGCACAAGCCCCCGGGGCCACGCAAGUGGUACUCGCCAAUCAAGAGCAAACUGGAAGCAUUGUGGGUACUCUUGAGGAAAGGCUACGACCGUGUGUCAGUAAUGAGGCCUCAUCCAGGUGACAAGAACUAGAGACAGAGAACAAAGCUCUCGAUGGAGACUGUAGGAUCCUUCAAACACAGCUCAGUGACUGAAAACACAAUGCUGACCUUUUCCACUGUGAGCAAAGUUUGAGACCUGGGAGAGGAAGUUUAUGUGAGAUGAAGAUGAAACAUUGCUUGCACAUGAAUUCAAAACAUGAGUUGCUCUACGACUUAAGCUUUGGUAUAUUUUCAAAUUAAUGGCCAGAGUGUACCGACAAUAUAACAAUAUGCAUGGGAAGCUACACCUCAGAUGAAGCAAUAUUGAAGUUGGAGUUAAAUUCCCAGGGUCACAUUCCUCGCUUUACUCCCUCCAGUACAGUAAGUGUUGCUGAUGCACUGCUCUGUAAUUAGAAGUGUAGGAGUGAAUCCUCCUCACUUUAAAGCUCUUCAUUAGUGCACUGGGGGAAAAAGGCUUGGGUCAAGUAUCCUUGAUGAUUUGCAGUAAACAAGCGUGUUCUGGUUGCAAUUAGGAGUCUCUUGUCGAAGCCUCGCUUUUAUAUCUUCCUCUAAAUGAAUGCAGCAGCGGCGGGGGAAGAGGCCAGUUGAUCCCACUAACUGGUGCCUGAGAGAAACUUAAGUCAGGUUCCUGUAACAACUCAUAUGUUUCUGAGCCAGUAAAAGACUAAAGGGAUCAAACACAGGGAACAGCAGCAAGUUAGACACUCAACAUUAGACAUAUUCCAACAUUUUGUUAUCACACGUUCUCUUAGGUCUGACUGAUUUUAAGAAUAUCUACGAAUCACUUCGCUGUCGCUCAUACUAAAGGAAUAAAAAUACAGGUUAUUUUGAUUUGUUCCAUCCUUGUCGACUGUUUAACAUGCAUCAUUUUCCCUUGAGGUAAUUUUGCUCUGGUGGUAACCCGAGCAGAGCUUUCACUCCUUAUCAGUUCCCUGCCCCUCCCUGAUCCCCUCGGUUCGGCUGUCCAGGGGUGUAACUUGUUUCUGGAAUAUGAUCGUCUCUCUUGCAUGAUCUCACUUUGGUUUGGAUCACAGAGUGAUGGCAGGUUAACUUGUUCAUUUGAGCAGAGCAUUUACAGUACACGGUCCAUAAUAUCCUCAUAAAUUCCCUAUAAUUGUCCAUAAAGCUGUGAUUGAGAAUUAAAGCGUGUGCAGGUUGAGGUCUGUUGACAGUAAAGUGCUGUCGUGCAGAUCUGCGCUGACAGUGGAUGAGGCUUCAGUAAGUGAGAGGCACACAAACGUCUGCUCCAGUCAUCAGGCCGCCUGAUUUGUAACAGCAAGCAGCGGGGGACGUUUUUAUAUCUUAGACUAAUUCAGCAGUCAGAGCAAGAAAAUAUGUGUUUUGUCCAAGAAAUAUGAUUUAGACAAGCAGACUUCUUCAAGCAAGCAGCACAUAUAGUUUCUCUACAUUAUGAGAAACAAUCUAUCCAUCCAUUGUCUAUACCGUUUAUUCUGUAAGGGUCAGGUGGGAACUUAUCACAGCUGACAUUGGGCGAGAGGCAUGCACACCCUGGCCAGGUCUCCAGUUUAACGCAGAGCCAACGAAGACAAAAAAGCAUUCACACUCAAACGGUCAAUUUAGAGUCUUUAAUUAAUAUAAUCCCAACCUACAUGUCUUUGGACUGUGGGAGGAAGCCGGCGUACCUGGAGAAGAACCCACACAGACACGAGAAGAACAUGCAAACUCUACACAGAAAGACCCCGGCCAUCCAGAAACAAUCACAACAGUUAAUCUACUACAUGAAGUUAUAAUAAUGACAACUUGAACAUUUCAUAUCAAUUUUAUUAGGGAUUUCACCCAACAUUGGUUCUCUAUUAUUCUCUCUUUAACAUAUUGAGCCGAAAAACUGACAAAAUUAAACAAAAGUUUAUCACACAAGUCAACCGAAUGCACAAAUAAACAAAACUCGUUUAACUUCUUGUUUGAAAAAAGCUUCUCCUUUUCUUUUCAAUCAGUGAACGAAAUAAAUACUAUUUUCGUCCCCUUGCAUUUAGGCUGUCACAUAUUUCUCACUCAUGUUUUGGUGUUAGUAAACGGUUCGCCUACGGUUAGCAUGUUGGAUAAAGUCCCUGAUAAAAUCAACUGCUGUGUUGUAGGGUUCAUUAUGAGUGUCUUAAAGACAACAAGAAUUUCCUUUUCCACUUUCUUUAACAUUGUGGGAUCAGGUGCUUCGUAACAUUUUCCCUGAUUUCUGUGAUUUCUCAUACGUCCGAUCAGUGCAGAUGGCCGCCCACACAGAGUCUUGUGCAGCUAGAGGUUACUUCCAGUUUUUGAGGGAGUGAUUCUCUCCACAUUCACCAAAGUGCUGCUCAUUGAGGGAGCUGUUGGGUUUCUCUAUAAUUUAAAGGAGUAGGAAAAAGUGCCUUGAGGUAAGUAUAUUAUGAUUUGGUGCUAUACAAAUAAAAUGGAAAUUAAUUGAAUUGAACGCCCUUUAAUUCACUAUGCAGUACACUAAGAAAUCCCCACAAUGAAACAAUAUAACUUUCUGCCAACAGAACAACACAAAAACUCUCUGUUUUGAAGAACUAUAGGGCCAGAGUGCAAAGUGAUGCUGGUUCCCAAGUGUCCAAAAUCUAGAUUUGGUGCUCAUUAUACAGUGAAGGGAGUUAAUGUCAGGGAGGAGUGAAUGAGGGUGUUCUAAUCUUUGCCUAAAACCAGAUGCUCCACUUAUGUUGCACGCACACACACACGCAACCAACAUGUUCUUCUUAUACUAUUUUUUGUUGUUUUUAAA